GCAUUCAGUUUUAGACUGAUUGAGUGGCGGUAGAGAGAGAAAAUGUCGAAGCGAGGGAGGGGAGGAUCGGCCGGGAACAAGUUCCGGAUGUCGCUGGGUCUGCCGGUGGCGGCGACGAUCAACUGCGCCGACAACACCGGAGCCAAGAACCUCUACAUCAUAUCCGUGAAGGGGAUCAAGGGGCGCCUCAACCGUCUGCCGUCGGCCUGCGUCGGCGACAUGGUGAUGGCCACCGUGAAGAAGGGAAAGCCGGAUCUGAGGAAGAAGGUGCUGCCGGCCGUGGUGGUCCGUCAGCGCAAGCCCUGGCGCCGAAAGGACGGAGUGUUCAUGUACUUUGAGGACAACGCCGGCGUGAUUGUGAACCCCAAGGGAGAGAUGAAGGGAUCGGCGAUUACUGGGCCGAUUGGGAAGGAGUGCGCGGAUCUCUGGCCCAGAAUUGCGAGCGCUGCCAAUGCUAUUGUCUGAGAGUAAUAGGUCUUGAUUUUGGUUCUAUGUUUCAGCGUUGGUUUAUUAUCUAGGAAGACUUAUUGUGUUUUGAUGUUAUAAUUUGAUGGAUAAUCUCAGUUAUGCUUAAAUUUUGGUUUUUUUUU